AUGACGCUGAUGAGUGUGAGUCUACAUUCCGCAAACGCGACACGAGACAACAGGUCCGGUCGCGCGAGCGAGCGCUCUCAAGAGGGAGUGUUUCAGUUCGUCGGCGGCGCGGUGACGUCGCCAUGCCGUGUGUGUCGCAGACAGGCAGUCGGCAGACGGGCAGGCCGCAGGAACAGGAGGCUUGCUGGCUGGAUGCGGGGAGGGACGCGGGCGCCGCACCAGCAAGGGCCAGGUCCAGGGCGUGGCGGCUAUGACGACAUGUGCCACGAACCGUCCAGGAUACUGGAGAAGACGGAGUCCAUGCGGGAGUGCUUCACACCGCAGAUAACCGCACGACGGGGGGGCAUUGCGCAGUGCCGGCGACACGGGUGCUAUUUUAAGACGCAGUGCCGGGUCACUUGGCUGGCCUCGAGUCGAGUCGUUGGCGGCCCUGCGAGGCAACAGCGAAAAGAAGCAGCACAUGGAUUGAAUUUUGACCUGUUGGAUCUCCUUAUUACUGGCCGCCCGCAGAGCACAGAGCGCACAGAGGAAGCUGUGCCGAGCGCUCACCACCCACCCAGCAGCGGGCAGGUUUUGAGUUUGGGAUUGGAACCUGGAAGGGAGCCGUGGGGCCAGGCCGCGGCGCCGUUGCUUCUUUUGGAUCGGGGGGUGGUGGUUCGCCUCAGGGGCAAACACAAUACAAGACACACCCGUGGACGCUUGUGGCGUUCCAGUUGGGCGGUGCCCGCUGCGUUGGUGGCCUGUGGCGCUGGGGUUCGCGCCGGGCAAGGGGGGAAACCGCGAGCGCACAGCUGGUCAGGGGGGUGCUCGAGGAUUGUGCGGGCCGGGAAGGGGGAAGAACCAUGCUUCCAUGAAUCCAUGGAACCUCCCCCCAGGGGACGGGCAUCGUGCUGUCGCAGAUGUUUGCUCGCGAACCCUUGGGGAUUUCUCCGGUCGAGAAGCCACCAGCUCGAGAGAUGGAAGGAUGUCGUCGUUGGCUGUAGGUAG